UAAAGACAAAUUAAUUCAAAAGGCUUGUGUUUGCAUGACAACGGUGCAAACAAAUGCUCUACCGUGUCUAGAUGUUUAUAUUUUUGUCUUGUUUUAAGGAAGGUGGGAAAAAAAAAAAAACAUGCGCAGAGAUCUUAAUAAGUGAGACACUUUUAAUCAAAGUUACUGACAGGAAUAACACAGAGGAACCAAAACACAGGAAGCAAAGUACACGGGAGGAGAAUCCAGUCCAGAAUAUUGGGAGAAAUAUUAAAAAUAUUAUUUAGCUCCAUCAAUUAAAACUCUAAUAAGAUUCUAACACUUUUUUAUCACCUCAACUGCCUCCUGUAUCACUAAAACUAAUGUUGCUCAAGAAUUAAACAGUGAAGACAGAAACAGGAAGUACUAUCAGAAACAUGUUCCCACACUCUGAGACACUGACUAAUAUUGAUCACAUGUAAAUGUUAUUGAUGGCCUCACUCUCGUCCGUCUGUAUUGAUCCGACUCCUUUCUUUGUCCUUACGCCUUCCAGCUGUUGGAGUUCUGUGGACCGGAUCCUCUUGUUGCCUUCAGCGAGACAAAUUUCUGCAUCAGCAUCGCUGAAUCAGUGAGCGAUGUGAUUUGCUUUUGCAACUCAUGUUUUUGCAUGUCGCUUUUGCAAUUCACAGCGUUCACUUGCUUAAAGCAACAUGCGUGAUGCCAUGGUGCGGCUUUGAGUUAAUGUCAUCUAUUUUCUACACCUGAGCAUCUGUGAACGACUUACUUUGAUUCAUAAUACUUAUGUUACGCUGCCAAACACCCAUUUGUUUGCCUAUACUGGAUUCCAAAUUAGAUAAAAGGAGAAAUAAAUGUGUGCCGUGUUGAUUUACUGCAAGACCAAAACCUCUUUUUUGAUCAUGUGAAAUAGAAUUAACUGAAACAUUGUGUGCAUGAGAAAAAACAUGCAACCUAACCAUUCCAUAACCAUUUGGCCAUUAGCUGGAGCCAAUGGAAGACAGUUGCCCCAUGUUGGCCACUUCAGCUAACCUCCAUUACAUCCAGUCAAUGGGUGGACAUAAACCCAGGAUGCAAAGGCACAAUAAAAGCCCCUGUGCAUAUUAUCUUAAUCGAGUAGGUCUGUAUUUCUUCAUAAAUUCCACUAUUGCUUCAUCAGCACUCUUUAUGUGAUUCAUAAGUGGAAACAUAUUGAAAUGUGUCUGCUUUCAUUUCAGGAGUGGUUUUUACAUUUUCAGUCUUACUCAAAUCGCUUACUUGCCAAUGUCAAUAUGUAGCAGCGAAUGUGUUGAAGACAUUACACAUUUGACAUUUGGGUAAGUAUGCUAUCAGAUCACUUUGAGGUUGGUAUUUUUGCUAUGAAUAUUUGUAGAGUCAUUCUAAAGCGUGGCGUUAGCUUUAAGGUUAACUGUGGGCGGAUUAUCAAAGUCACCUUUCAUCCAAUGUGACUGAGCUGGAGUUAUUUUUGAAAAGAACGAUGGUCUAAAAAUGUGUCUUACUCUCUAGAUGUGCAAAAUUGGUGGAGAUAUUCCCAGCUGUAGCUGCAGGAAAAAGGUGAAUAUACAAAGAACUGACUUCAACAGAAAUGCACAUUAAACAUUUCUGAUUUUUAUUUGUACAAAAAGAUGUAAAAACAUGAACCACAUCACAAAAAAAAAAUAAACAUUUCUACGUUGGUCUAUUAGGCGAUCUUCAUUAAAGUUUGUGGUUGAAAUGUGACAAAAUGUGAAGGGUUUGUUUAAUACGGUGCUAUGUUCCAUCACAGAAGUGAAUCUAACCAGAUUUUAUUCUUAGUUAAUAUGCCGUCCACUGACAUGGCUCUUACUGACUGUUUUAAAACCAGCCACAAGAUCAUCUUCUCUUACUCAUGUUGAAAUUGUUUAGCUGUGUGUUCUGCGAUGCGUUUUUGUGCACGUCCUGUGGCAUUUUUUUUUUAUUUCCCUCCACUCUCUUCCACUCACAGGUGUUCCGUUUGAAACGCCAGAGGGCGACGGCGAACCGCCUUAUCAGCCCCAUUUAAACCCAGAAAACUGCGUCACAAAACUGGGCGGAGUGAUCUAAUUUAUAUACUGAGGACUCGGAGCUUUGGGCGGACAGCGAAGGAAACAUCUCAGCAACAAAGGGCAGGCUGGAGUUUGUUUACCUCACACGGUGGAGUUUCCACACGGACUAUUCAGCCACUUUUCAACCACUUUUCCCGACUAUCUCUGGAAUAUACUCGCUUGUUGACGUCUUUCCCAUCCACUUUUUUUAUUUCUUUUUCGGGAUUUAUUGUCGCCACUUUGGACGAGUGGACCAACAUUAGAAGUCCCACAAACUUGCUUUCCCACUGUUUUUGAAGUUAGGGCCAAUGUGUCAACGCAUGUCAGUCUUGUGACUGACAUGCACUCUUCAAGACCGCCAAAUCUGCUCGAUGGCUCGACCGAAGUAACGCCAGCAGAGGGGACCGGCGGAGACCCAGCAUCGUCAGCGCGAACACCACGUUCCUCGAAGCACACAGAGCGGAGCUGCGCGCCGCAGACGGGCGCCUCCACAGCCGGGGGAGGAGGAGGAGGAGGAGGGGGAGGAGGAGGGGAGCCGGACGCGGAUUCGCCGCCGUGCUCCGUGAGCCCGGCCAGUUUAGACGUCUUUCGAAGCAGGUCGAUAUUUCGCCCUCCCCGCCGCUCGUCCAGCGGAUACUUCUCCUUUGACUGCGACUCGCUGCCGAGCUCCCCGCUCUCUCCGCACCCAGUGACGGCUGAUAAAGCCACGCAGACCCCCAGCCCCACCGGCCAGGUGAUGAACCACGCCCUGCAGCGAAUGGCUGUGGAGCACGGUGGACUCGGGCUGCACGGGCACUCUCCCAACCACUAUAGCACUAUUAACGCGGCGCGGGAUAUGCAGUCAGAAACCUUUGGUCGUCAACUCCGUGCUAUUGGAGAUGACUACAACAACCACCUGAUGGUAAGGAGGAUGGCGAGAAGACACCAACGGAAUAUAGUCCCUCUAAACCUGAUGCCGCACAUCCAGCAAGAGCCUGUUGCCAUGCUUUGUGUCUGCCUUCUGCUCCUCCUGGUCGGACGAAUAAUGUACAUGCAAGGCAACACAAGCAGCCACGACCACUCUCAGGUUUAGCCUUAGGAAAACCCAGCAGACGUAGCAUUCUUCUUGAGUAUGUUUUGAACAUAUAUCAAAUAUUGACUCUUUUAUAUAUAUAUAUAUGAUGUCAUAUGCCUGUUCCUUCCCCCUAUGAACUCUUCUCUUUUAGGAAGGAACUCUAAAAUGUUUGAUUUUCCCUAAUGGCCUCCGAGUCUCCAUCAUUUUACCAAAGAGGCAAGAUUUGCACUCCGUUUCUUGAACAGAGACAGUCAUUUGACCUGAAAAAUAUGCCUGUGGAAAUUCAAACGUGCCUUGUACAGUUUGUUGUUUACUUUAUUAAGAUUGAUUUAAGGUUUUUUUUUUGUUUGUUUUGUUUUUGCUAUUGUACAGAGAUUAUGCGCUUCCUGAGCGAUCACGGUCUGUGACCCAAAUUUGUUCAAGUUUAUGGGUCUAAAAUUAUUUUCUCUUAUUUUCCACCUGUCAUGCAUUCAAAAUAUAAGUGCAUUUAUAUUGUCAUAAUCUGUGUUCCCAAACUACAUCAUGUUAAGGUUUUAUUUCCACAAAAUAUGUCGUUCUAUACCAGCCUUUAAAACUGCAUUUUUAUCCAGAAAGAUGAAAUAUAUUGUGAUUGUCUCAUAACAUUGGCUUUAGACGCGAUGAAAAGUGUUUUUAAAAAUAAAAAGUUCCACCAAAAAUCUCAAAAAGUUUCUAGAAAAAAAAAACAAGAAAAUUUCUGAUGUUGAAAACUAAAAAAAAAAAAAUUGCUGCAGAAGAAAUCUAGAAACAUUUUGAGAUGAAUCACAGAAAGCUCUGGAGAAAACUUGGACAUUUCUGAGUUUCACAAGUCACAAAUUUUCUAGUACAUUUCUGAGAUUAAUUUGAAAAUGUCAGAGUUGUUCCCAGCAAAUUUUUCACUUUUUAAAUUUGUUGGUUUUAUAGAAAAUUUGAAUUAAAAUUUUGAUUAAUCUCAAAGAUUCCAGGUGAUUUCUAGCACAUUUAAAAUGUUUCAAAUUCAUACAUUUCUUUAUUUAAAAAAAAAUUCUAAGAUUGAUGUUAACAGUUCUGAGAUUUUUGGCAGAAAUUCACACCCUAUUUUUCUACCCAUUGCAGAUUUUUUUUUUUCCAUCUGCAAUGGGCCUUAUAUGCCACUGUAUUGUAAUAAUUCUUUUUUUUUUAAAGAUCCUCCAGUUUUCCAGUUUUCUUGAAUUCAGUUUUAUUUUCAACAUUGCAAAUAACUUUUAUCCAUUUAUCUCAUGUCAGAGAUACCUUAAAGAGCAUUUCUAAUGUAGUCACAGCAUCAAACGUUUAUUCAUUACUUCAUUCAAAAAUGGCAAUAAAAAAAUCAAUUCUGUAUUCAGCAUUAAAACAAAACCUUUGCACCGUUUCAAACCUACUGCUCAGUCAGCCACUGGUUAAAGCAAUAACUGUUACCUAACUAGCCCUAAAAGCAGAGUUAUGUUGUUGAACAAAGUAAUAAUUUAAAUGAAGUCAGUCAUUAAAACUAGUCAGUAGUGUCAUUUCUUGCUUUGCUGUUUAUUAAUCUAUAAACUUUUCCAUUGCUCUGCAAUAAGUGAUCAAAUUUUACGGUCUUCCAUCAUCUGGUUUUCUCGUUAGCAGCCAGGGUGAAAGUAACCAGCAGGUUUUGGUUUGUUGACAAUUUUCCGUUUAUUAGCACAGUGAUUCAGACUGAGCCAAGUCUGCUCAUGCCUGCCAGGUCAUUAAACACUCGGAGAGGUUUCUGGAUAGCAUCCAGCCGUGGCUAAAACAGUGAAGGGAUGGGUGGGGUUUUUGUUUUGGAAUGAUUGGCUAUUAGUAACCAAACUAACAGAGACAAUACAAUGGUGAAGAUGAAAGAAACAUUUAGAUGUUAAGCUGUGCACAUUAAAGCUGUUCAACUGUUAUGAAGAAAAAAAAAGUAAAUGUUUUGAGUAUUGUUAUAAAAUUUUCUUUUGGUGGAACAAUAGUCUUUUCCAUUUUGAUUUUUAGAAUCCUGCUUCAAAAGGCCCACAGCUGUUAAUAGGCCUGGCCCGGUCUGAACGUAUAGAAAAGUUUUAGAAAGUCACAGUUUCAAAACGCCCCGCCGUGUACGGUUUUCCUGUUUUCCUUUUCUCCCCCAUCCGUCCUGUCUGUUCUUUUGUCUUUCCCGCUUUUCUUAAUUUCCUCCCUGCUUUGUUUACUUCCUACCUUUCAUACCUUUCGUCCUGUCUGUAUUUUCUUCGUUCCCUCUUUUGUUUUUUCACCGUCCGUUCUUCCGAUGUUUCCUUCCGUUUUUCCUGUUUCGUAGAACUAUAGCUGUAGUAAAUUCUUCGUCAAAUGUUAUGUUUGUAAAAAUUGUUUGUAGAUUCUUGAAGAACAUUUCUAAAUUGAGGGCUGACCAGUUCAGAGUCUGGACAUUAAAAAUGCGUAGAAACUGCACUUUUACAUCGAGGACAAAUUGGGCUACAAAUUCAAACAGUCAUGCUGCAGAAGCUAUACAUUGUGCACUGUUUUUAAAAUAUUUGUGUAAAAUAAUGUGAAUUUUGUCGUAUUUGUGGUAAAGUAUCACACCACGAGACUUGUACCAGCUCAAGCCUAGUUGCUAAUUAACAAAGCCUAGUUGCUAAUUAACAGGCCAGUGAUGCUAACAGGCUAGCUUCACCACCUUCACGUCCAGAUGAAAUAGUUACCAGUUCCUGCUGCUGCGUGGAUCUGGAGAUUCUAAUCAAGAAAAAAAAAAAAAAAAAAAAAGCCUGAUGAAUCAGUGUUAACCUAAACCAAAGUGUGAAUGAGCCACACUUUAAAAUAUUAAUUUAGUUUGGACCAAUUUUCACAUAUUAUUGCAUUUUCUUUGACAGCAGUGUCAGAAAAGUAAAUGGAAACAGUUCAGCUGAUAUAUAAUGAGGUUAGAUGUCCUAAAUAAAACUGCUUCUCAGUCAAAACGUGGCAGGCAAUGACUAAAACAAACAAAAAUAUUUUUAAUCUUUACUAAGUACUUCAUCUGACAAAUUUGGAACAAUAAUGAAAUUGCAGCUUACAAAAUUAAAAUCAGCGUGUUAGCUAAUUUCCCCUAGCAUCAUUAUCACAAUCUGUGAUACAUACUUUUUUCAUGAAAUAGUUUUCUGAAUGCAUAACGCUAAACAAAAGAGACCAGUCAGUAAUCAUAAACAGCUGUUAGCAUUGUUAAAUAUUAGUCCAAAUGAAUCUACGCUUCAUGUCUCAAAUAGUUUAGACAUCCAUGUAUCACACUAAUUUCCUGUUUUUUUGUUAUGUUGGAGAGAUGCAUUCCUUUGCCAUGUAACUAUUCUGAUUAGUUAAAGCGAUGCUGUUGGGUUUUUUAUUCCCCCCCUCUAAAAUGCACAAAGCUUGUCUUCCUUCCUCUUCACCAGUGUUUAGCUGCUUUGCUUCUCCUUCACUGUGACACUGAGAGCGCUGUGACUGCAUGCUGAUUUCUGAUAUUGUGCCAUGUGAAACCUACAACCUCAUUUUGAAAUACUGUGUUAAAGCCGGCGUGCGAGAGGGGAGCAUUUCAGGGAGGAAACCGAGAGACGAUUUACUGCUUUCUGAAACUGAUAUGGAAACCUUGUAAUGAGCAUAUUGUUCGCAUGUCUUCUGAAGGUGUUCGAGCACAGAAACACUUGUCCGCGUAUGAGUGUGUGUGUGUGUGCGCGCGUAUGUUUAUGACACAUUCAGGGUUUUAAUGACUUGCAUCAAGCACUGCUGGAAUGACUGUGUCAAAUUGUGUUGCCCAUUUCGGUUUAUUUGACUUUUGGACCAUGUGAAAGCCACAAACUUUAGCAGAUAGAUAAUUGUUGCUUGCUGUCAUGCAGGAGGAUGACCUGUUAUUUCAUUGGAAACGUUAGACAGGUUAAACGCAGGAAACCUGUGGGACCCGGAGACACUGCGGUGCGCUGUGCUUUCGCUGAAAAUGUUGUAAAUGUUGCUUCUAUUGAAUUUUAGAUGUACAGGAGCCAAAACAAAAAAAAAAACAAGGAUGACUCCAGAUGACCCAGUACAAGUGUAGCAACCAGUACGUUUUGUUUAUAUUGUAAACUAUAAUAAAAAUUCAAUUGCUUCCAAUUUCUGUCCUGGAAACAAUGCUUUUACAUCUUUGUACAUUUAAAGGAAUGAAUCAUGUUGUAUGAUGUGAUUUUUUUUAACAAAUAAAAAUGAUUUUUUAAAAUA